AUCACCACUUCUGCACUGUAAUCAUAAAUAUAUCCAAGACUUAGCCAAGACCACGUGCUGUCGUGGGUCAAGUCUCCGGACACUGCACGACUUCCGGUUGGACCUACUUCCGGCGUCACCAUCACGCCACGCGGUGGGCACGGCACGUGCAGCAAAGUGUCAGCAGCAUUGCAACGGUUGAAACUAGUACAUUUAGAGCAAUGAAGCGCCUAUUCAAAGUGGGUGAAGAUGUGUUUGCAACCGUGGGCAGUUUUGAUCCUUUCCCAGCUGUUGUGGAGAGUGUGCGGCUGAAUGAUGCAGAGUGCUCAGUAUUUUACUACGUCCGGCUUUUGGGAGCUUCAGAUAGAGUUAUCCCUCUAAAUGAAGAGAACUUGCAACCAAUGGAAGAAAAUAAACACAAAUUCAAAUGGAAAUAUAGUGACAGGGACCUUAAGAAAGAAUCAAAAAUAAGAGUUGAUGCUAUCUUGGGAGCUCAAGAUGAAAUUCCAGAUGUGUUAAUGAAUUUUGUAACUGUUGACAGUGAUUUUGAAGAAGUGUCAGAUGAAACAAUUAAAAAACUAGGCCUAUUCAGUAUUAUGCUUACUCCCACUAUGAUUAAUUGUCUAGAUGAAAAGAUGACUCCCAGGUUUGGCGAGGAAGACGAAAAGUCUGACUUGGAGGAUGACUUUGUGGACGUGGAAGAUUCUGAUGGAACAGAUGAGACAUACAAUGCAAGAAAAAGGAAACUUAAAUCAACCUUGCACUCAUCAUGGCACAAAAAAUAUAAAAAUUCAAGAGGUGCAAAGUCUUUUAAAAGGCACAGUCUCUUAAAAAGCAAUCAAGUUAAUAAGAAGACUGGUGAAAAAAUCCCUCCUAAGACAAAAAGUUCCUCCCUGCAUGCUGGUUUAACCAUAGAUCUGACUGAAAAUGGUGAUGAACAAGAAUAUAAAGAUAAAGACCGACACUUUAGUCAUAAGUGGGGUGGUAGAUUAGCUAGUGGUUCAUUUCCAUGCAAGCUUUGUUUCCGAAAAUUUAGAUCCAAAGGUGAGGCUCAGAGUCACAUGGCACUCCAUAAACCAAAUCGAGGCAAUAAAAGAGCCAUGCAGCCACUGCCUGAAGAUGAUUUCCAUGAAAGUGAAGAUUCCUCCUCAAUGAAGUUUGGUGAAGAUGAGUGGUCAGCCAAACAUUGUUCAAUGGAGCGACAGAGGCGUGCUGAAAUGGCAAGUUUCUUUCAAGAGUUACAAGAUGCAGCAGACGUUCCUCGAGGGUCUUCUAAACUAACCACAUUAUCAACUGCAAAAAGUAGAGUGGACGAGCUUGAGAUGCAAUCUGAGGAACAAGACAGAGAAAUAGCUUUUCUGCAAGAAAAGAAUGCGAGACUAAAAGCAAGAUAUUUAGAACUCAAUCCGGACAAGAAAUAAGAUAGAUAUGUAUGUGUUUAAGUGUAAAGUAAUUUAUAUUUGUUAAUAAAACCACCAAAUCUGGCAAGA